AUGAUAUCUCAAACAGAGUUCUCUUGUUGGGAGACGAAACGAUCAUCAACUUAUUUAGUUUUUAUGUUUUUUUAUUUUGUCAUUGGUCUGGAACUGGGUUGCAUUAAUGCAACAUUGUGGGUAUACAUUUCAACUUUUUUUAAAACAAAAAAUGACAAAUUUUAUUAUGGUUUAAUAAAUGCUGCAUUUUACGUUCCAUCCUUGUUUUUCCCACCUAUUGUGUCCAGAUUUGUAGAUAAAACACGAAGAACAAAGCUAUGUCUAAUUAGUACAUUGUGUUUGUCUCUUGCUGGUAGUAUUUUGUAUCCAAUAUAUAUGUCACCACUUUUUCCACUUGUUGGACGAUUUUUAAGUGGUUUUACCAUAGCUGUAUCUCCACUUAUGCUAUCCGAAGUGGCGAGAUCAUAUACAAGCAAGGAACUAAUGCAACGAAUACCGUUAUUAAAUGGAAGCCAAGUAUUUGGUUAUGGAUUUGGACCGUUAAUUUCAAUAUACUUUACGAAAGUGAACUUCUGGAUAGGAUGGAUUCGUAUAACAUAUGCAAACAUAAUUGGGCCAGUACUUUUUUUAGUCAACCUCGCACUUCUCUUUGCUGUGAUAUUUUUCUCUUACGAUUUAUCACGAGAGUAUGAUUUGAAGUCGCACACAAAUAGGAAAAAUAAAGACAGCAACGACAACCCUCUUGGCUCCAAAUCAACUGUGAAUAUAUUAAAGCGGAUUGUACAAAAUACUGAUACUUUGUUGAUUGUAACUAUUUCGGUAUUUUUCGGUAUUGUCGAUCAAUUAAUGUGUCGUGUGUUACCCGUUCUAAUCAUUGACAAGUUGAACUUUAGCUACAAAUUUCUGAACGCAUCUUUUAUUGGUUUUUCGUUUUUCAACACAAUCUUGAUAAUAGUUUUAGUAUAUUGGAAAAUGUCUGAUAAGGUAAUCUAUUACACUGGAAUCAUUAGUGUCAUAUCAAUAACAGUAACAACUACACUCCUACUUUUAAUUUACUAUAAAAUCGGAAAUGUAUCAACGUGGUAUGUGUGGGUACUGUUGACUGUGAUCAACCUGGUUAUCUUCCAUCUAUCAGAUCAAGCAUUUGGUGUAGUUUUAUGUGCGAAAUUAGCUUUUUCAUGCAAUCAAGGAUUUCUUGAAGGAAUUCGAACAUUUGCUGUUCAAAGUGGUCGAGUUAUCGGGGGCGUAUUAAUAGGCAUGUAUCAUGAUUAUAUGAAUGAGUUUUAUUGCAUAAUCAAUAUUGUAUCUAUUUUAUACCUGAUUAGCAUGGUUUGCAAAAGAAAAACGCUUUGUUGUCCAGCACCAGUUAUUUAG